AUGGCACGCUUUGUGGUGGACUCCAACUCCCUCUUCUUCUACGGCACAGUAGAUAGCACCAUCGUCGUCCUCGACACCCGAAGCGACCUCAAUCGGUUCCCUACGACCUUCCACGAGUGGAAGACCGUCGCCAUAGUGACAUGCCCGCUCAACAACAGAAGCAGCAGCAGCAGUAGUGCUGCUGCUGCUGCUGCUGCCAAUCCUAUAGGCAGAAAGCUGUACACAGAGCUGGAGAUCUUCGGCAAUGUGAUCGAAGGUGCCAACUUGAGAAGGCUGCGUGCAGAGCUCUUCACCUCACAGUUGCUGGUCAAUCGCGAGGGCUACCAAGUCGGAUACUGCAACGACGACGCCUGCAAGGCUCUGGCGCUUGGCAGCAGCUUGAUGCUGAAGAUAAACAGCAUGUUCGAGUGGUGGAGGUAUGGAGUGAAGCCGGAGGUAGCCACCGCGUGGAAGCGGUAUGAUGUUCGUGAAGAUGAUGAGGAUGUCGUUGAUGUCGAGAAGUUGGCGAUGGAAUUGGAAGAGAAGAGCAAGGAACUGAAGGAGUGCGGGGCUAGGAUGGCGGAGAAGGAGGAGAUCGUGGACCAUUAUAAGCGGCUUUUGGAGGAAAGCAGAGAGGUGUUGAGACAGAAGAGUAAGGUUGUUGAGGAGAAGGAAAGAGUGAUUGAAGAGCAGAGGAGGCUGAUAGAGAAGAAAGAUGGGGAGAUUGAGGAGUUGGAAGUGAGAUUGUGGGAGAUGAGUUGA